CAAAAUGUUUUUAUAUAUUUUUUUCAUAAUCUUUAAUAUUUUUUAUAUUGAUCGCUAUAAAACCCGCUCGAAUUCUAAGAGUUUUCUCUUCAUAUUCUUUCUCUCUCUAAAUCGCACAGUGUUCUUCUUUCUCGCUCCUCUCUGUAAGAUCCAAACCCUAGCAAACCCCUUCCGCAGAGAGCGUCGAGAAGAACACUCACAACUCGCUCCUCUCACUCCCCCGGUCACCACUCCUUCUCCUAUCAGUUGUUGUUGGCUUUUUGAUACCGUUGUAAUGGCAACUUCAGAGCAGCUAGGUCAAACCAAAACUCCGGCACCCGAUGUUGUUGGGCAUGCCUUUGUUGAUCAGUACUAUCAUAUGUUGCACGAAAGCCCUCAGCUUGUGCAUAGGUUUUACCAAGAAGUCAGUAAGCUUGGUCGUCCUGAUCCGGAUGGGAUUAUGGGCAUCACUACUACAAUGACUGAAAUUGACAAGAAGAUACUAUCAUUGGGUUAUAGUGAACUGAAUGCUGAGAUCAUAUCUGUGGAUGCACAAGAGUCCUUUGGUGGGGGAGUCAUUGUCUUGGUGACUGGGUUUAUGACAGGAAAGGAUGACAUUAAGCAGAAAUUUACUCAAUGUUUCUUCCUUGCUCCUCAAGAGAAAGGCUACUUUGUUUUGAAUGAUGUUUUCAGAUAUGUUGAUGAAAAUGAAAUUAAAGAGCCUGAUCAUGUAAUUGAAUCACCUGCUUCUACUGACAAUGUGUCCGAUCCUCCUUUGCUAGAGACACAAGUUCCAGAGCAAAUAUCUGUGGCUGUUGAGGAUGGUGCUGUGGAAGAAGUCUACAAUCUAGAAAAUGAGCAAGUGUCUGUUGAAGAAGAGGAAACUCCUGUUGCUGAGGUUCUUGAUGAAAUUCCUGAUGAUUCACAGAUGGUAUCUGGAUUGGCAUCCCAAAUUGAAGAAGUACCGAAGAAGUCAUAUGCCUCUAUUGUUAAGGUAAUGAAAGAAGGUGCAGCAGCAUCCUCCAUUGUGACUGCUGUUUCUGUGAAAUCUGUCCGUAAGACUCAAGAAAAGCAGAGUACCACUGCACCUCCACCAUUCAGCGGGCCAGAAACAAAUGGUUCUAAUAUAAACACUAAUGAAGGUGGAAACAAUCAAGAAACUGAAGCUGAGGGCUAUUCAAUUUAUGUGAAAGGGCUGCCUGGAAAUGCUACGAUUGCACUUCUCGAGAAUGAGUUCAAGAAGUUUGGCCCUAUUAAAAGUGGUGGUAUCCAAGUUAAGACGCAAAAGGGAUUUUCCUAUGGCUUUGUGGAGUUUGAAGUGGCAAGUGCCGUGCAAAAUGCAAUUGAGGCUUCACCAAUUCUGAUCAAUGGCCGUCAGGUUACUGUCGAGGAGAAAAGAUCAACUAAUCGAGGUUUUAAGGGACGAUUCUUGUCUGGAAGGGCACCUGGAUUCAGGGUUGAGGGAGCAAGAGGACGAGGAAACUAUGGAAAUAGCCGAAGUUUUGGUCGUGGAGACAUCAACGGCCGUGGAGACUUCAACGGCCAUGGAGACUACAACGGUCGUGGAGACAAUGGGCGUGGAGACUACAACGGCCAUGGAGACUACAAUGGGCGUGGAGACUACAACGGGCGUGGAGACUUCAACGGACGCGGAGACUACAACGGGCGUGGAGACUUCAACGGACGUGGAGACUUUAACGGAAGAGGCGAAUAUGGAUAUAGGAAUGGUAAUCGAGGAGGACUUUCAAACCGUGGAGGUGAUGGGUAUCAGAGAAACGAUCAUAUGGGAACCAAUGGUGGCCGCAUUAAUCGUACUGGCGGGUCUUCUGUUAAUUCGGCACCCAAACCUACUGCUGCUAAUCGUGUUCCUGCCUCUGCUUGAGGAAGCUAUGCAUCUAAGAGUCUGACUGGUUGAUAGUUUAUUACAUUUGCAGUAACUGAAGCAAUUGGAAUUAGAAAGAAUUAAAUAGCAAACCUUUUUUAGAUGAGUGAAGUUUACAAAAUCCCUAUUUAGGUAAAUUUUCUGAUAUUGGUGGUCUUGGGAAAAGGUAGUUUUCAGUUUCUAUUCAUUAUACAAUGAAUCUAACGGUAGUUUUUGUGCUUCCCCAGUUUUUAUGAAAAUAUAUAUAUUUGGGGUAUCAUUUUUUGAUAUAAUCUGGUAUUUGGUAGUUAUGGCUUGAGAUGUUUGCUACCAUGACUUUCUAGUGAUAUUGUAAGAUUCUAGUUAGUGUUUCACCUGAUAUUUCUUUUUCUGUCA